AUGAGCAGAAACUAUUCAACCGGCGUCAAAAUAACACAACUCCUACCAGCUAUCUCAUCCCUUCACUCACCGGGCGCCAUCAACAAUUCGUCAGGAAAUACUGCAACCAAACUUCACCAAACAAGUGUUCAUUCUACACACACAAGAUUUCUGGUCAACCAUGACAGUUCGAUUGAGAAUGAAGCUCAUCAGCCUCAAGUCCAAAUCGCUCGCCAUUCUGUGGAAGCUCUCAGUCGAUUCGGUCACCUCAAUGAAGUAUCCAAAUUUAACAAUCUUUGGACUAAAAAGGCAUGGACGUUGGAACUGUUGACUCUUCGAGAUUGUCAAGAGAUUGAACCUAUCCCGACCUCACGAAUUCAUAUCACAGAAAAAAAGCGAAAAACACAAUUUAGGUUCAGUGCCCUUCCUGUAGAAGUCAGAGAAAUGAUUUAUGAAUACACUCUUCUCAGACCUUUUGAAAAGAAAAAGAAAUCCGCAUCCAAGACACCCGUCUUCCUCAGAACCCUAAAAAUAUACGGCGCACAGCAUCUGUAUAUUGAAGCAAAGAUUACUUUCCAUUCUAUCAACCAAUUCACAUAUAAUAUUGUAAGAACUCUUAAGUUGGCGGAUCCAGAAGUAUGUGGAAUGUUUCGGAAAUUACGUCUGAUUAUACCUUCCACCUUCAAUCCAUUAUCACAGAUUCCAAGCCAAAUGUCUCUUCUUUAUGCUUCCCUUCGUCAUCUAACACUUCGCAAGAUGUUCUCCUACGAACACGGCGGAUUCGAAACGUUUCUCACACACUCAUUGCCGAAAUUCGAGAGAUUGAUAAGUUUGAAAGUCGAAUGCGAGUAUGGCAAAUUUUUCGCUUCAUCCUUUGUUCAAAACCAGGAUCGAUGGAUAUCUCUGUUGAACAAAAUGAUUACCGGGGAGAAUGGGGAAUUGGUACAAGGUAUACGGAUAGGGAAAGAGGAACCCAGUGACACGGCACCGAGUGCUCCUACGUGGGUUUGGAAGGUUGAAAACUGCGACUCGGGAGAAGCUACGAUGUGGGUUGGUAUGAAAAGAGAGGUGAAUUUGGUUAUCAAGCACAGGGUUGCUUAUGUCAAGUUUUAA